AUGCUCUGCCUCCGCUGCAGGGCCCUGCCCGCGGUCCGGCCAUCAAUGCCUUCCCGCUCGUUGAACAGGACCACGCAAGGCGCAUCUCAAAACUCACCAAUCACCCCAAUCAUCUCGUCCCGCUCCUUCUCCUCAACCCUCUUCUCAACCCCAACCCACCUGCUGCAGCCAACACCACAGAUCAGCACCAGCAGCCACAUCAUGUCUUCCCGACUCCCAUCCACAGCAAUCCCAUCCGUGUCUUCAUCGUUGUCACUAUCGCCAGUGACAUCUCUCCUCCAGUCCCAAUCCCGCGCCUUCUCCUCAACGCCCACCCCUCGGCGUGCGCCGCUCUACCUACAAUCCUUCACGCCGGGUGCAGAAACGACGGCAUGGAUUCCUGUCGCGGUCCAAGACGAAGAAUGGGCGGAAGGUUAUCCAGCGCCGGAGGUUGAAGGGGAGGAAAAAUAUGAGUUGGUGAAUUGUGAAUUGUUUAUAGAGAGAGGGAUUGUGGAUGUGGAUGCGGAGGUUUUGUCUUAA